AUGGGUUUUCGUUUUAAUCUACCAAGUCAGACAACUGUUAUUGGUGCUACGCAAUGCGGUAAAACUACACUUAUUAAACAUAUUUGCGAAAAUACGGAAAAGUACUUUAAUGUACCUAUAGAUCGUAUUUUUUGGUUCAGCCAAUGUGGGGCUUCUUCUGGUGUUCCACUGACAGAUGACCGUCUUUUAGUAAUUGAAGGACCUCCUGACCCCGAAUUGAUCCGCGAACAAAAGGGUAAUAAUUCUAUAGUUGUACUGGAUGAUUUGAUGAAUUUCUUCUCAUCAUCCAAAGAAGCUAAACAGUUGCUGAACAAUAUAUUCACCGUGUGGGCACAUCAUUGGAACUUGGCAGUGUUCAACUUGGUACAGGCAGCUUUUCAAUUGGAUCGAACAAGUAGAAUCAAUAGUACUUACUUGAUAUUGAUGAAAAGUCAUUCUGAUGUUUUACAAAUUCGUAAUUGUCUCCAACAAUUGUUUGGAUCCAGAUUUAAAAGUGCGUUUGAAGCUUACAGUGACGCCAUGUCCAAACCAUAUAAUCAUUUAUUGAUUGACAACCACCCCUUGACUAAUGAAAAACAUCGUAUUUUGACUGAUAUUACAGCCGAGUACCCUGUUGUGUAUUUGCCACGGACUGAACUUGUCAUUUAA